AUGGCACCCCGUAUUCCAAUGCAGUUAACUUCUCUUCCGACUGAAAUCCUUUUCCUUAUAAUCUUUUGUAUUGAUGAUGCUAAAGAUCUUCGUUCUUUAUCUUCUACCAACCAGUUAUUCCGUGCUUUAGCAGGGCCACAUACUGUAAACGCUAAGCUAUGGUUCAAGAAAUAUACCCGUGAUAUUCCACCUGAGGAUCGCCUAAGAAUAGCAAAUAAAUGGAAUUUCCCUUUAGAGACUGAGAACGCCAAACUCUGGAUCACUGAGAACGCUCCUAAGGAACCACCAGGACUUUCCAAUGAACCACCCGGUCCAAAAAGAGCCUUGAAAAGACAAGCUACAGUAUUGCAUAUAGUAGAAAGAUUCAGCCUAUUUUUACAUAAUAUGUUGGCUGUAAACUAUUAUUACACGCAUGACUGGGAAGCUCUUCAAAAGGUUGCAGAUUCUAUUGAAAGUUAUUUAGAGGAUUUGGGUUGGGUACAAUUUUAUCGUGGUCAAAAUGAUCUUGGAAUCAGUUCAAUGAUGGUUACAACUGUUUAUGCUGAUCAAGAAUUUGAAGCUAUAGCUUUUGAAACUUUUACUAAAAGAUUGAAAGCAGAGAUUGUGACCGUCUCUUCAAUUACAACCUCGAGUUCUAGUAGGAACAGUAGUACAUAUAAUAGCAAACAUAAUAGCGGCACGGGUGGACAUUCUAAUAAUAACGAUGUUAGCAGUAAUAGAAGCAGUGAACUUUUUGCAUCAUUAUCACCUGAACCUGUAUAUCUUAGGUGGACCAGUCUUAUUCAGGACCAGCUUAAUUUCUUCUGCUUGCAACAAUAUAUCAUGAAUAAAUUCAAACCUCCUUCAAAAUUGCAACUCGCAGAAUAUUUGACUGUGGUCAUGUUUGGAAAUAUCUAA